CGCUGGUCGCUACUGUCCACUAUAACAUUCCAGAGCUGAGGGAAUAUUAUCAGUCAUCCCCAGUUAACAAUCUCACAAACACCCACCCAUAAAUAAACCCAGUGGCCAACUAAAUCCAAAAAGCAACGUAUCCACGCUCUUUGAAUAACAGUUUGUCCCAUUUUCGCUCUAUAAAUAAAGAAUUGCCCUUUGUCUCGUCUCAAUUAGGAUUGGGGAAUCAUGGAGUGGAAUCACAACCCACUCAUUUUUCAUUAACCUAAUACAGAUGUAAUAGAACCAGCACUAGCUUAAAAACCUCAAUCUCUCUUGUCGAAAGGAAAAACUCAGAAAAAUGACCCUCGCCCACUCACUUCCCGUGCUUGAAUUUAUGUCUUCUUCUUUACCUGGCAACCACAAUACCCUUAUUCUCAAUCGCCAUAGUCCCACAAAAUUGGGUUUUAUAAGACCCACAAACCCAAAACAAAAAUUCAACUUCUUCGUUUCUCAAAAAGUAAAACCUAUUGGUUUCUUUGGUUGCAAUCUCUGCGACUCUAAUUCUGGGUUUAACAGUCGUCAACUUUUUUAUGAGUGUUAUGCCGCACAAUCAAGUAGGAUCGGACCCAGUAGUAGAAAACACAAGGCCUUCUCUAUUAAACGUGCUAAAACUCGAGCUCUCAAUGAUCACCAGCUCUUUAGCAUGGGUUCAGGGUUUUACAGCUCCAGACAGUUGGGCACUUCCAGACUUACAAGUUCAGGAUGCAAAAUUCUGUCUGGUGGUGCCCUGAGAAUCCCGAAUACCAAAAGUUUCAAGCAUAGUAGUGGGAUUUCAGGGGCUUGCGAGGUGAAUUGGAGCAAUCACAAAUUUGAAUUGAGGUCCAAAUCGGUGCUUAGUGUAGAUAAAGCGGUAGAGAGAGAGAGAAGUGGAGGGGGGCUGGGUAGCGAGAAUUCUUAUGAUGCAAUUGUUAUCGGGUCUGGGAUUGGAGGAUUAGUUGCGGCGACGCAGUUGGCGGUGAAGGGUGCUAGGGUUCUGGUUUUGGAGAAGUAUGUCAUUCCUGGUGGUAGCUCUGGAUAUUACCAGAGGGAUGGGUAUACUUUUGAUGUUGGGUCCUCUGUGAUGUUUGGUUUCAGCGACAAGGGCAAUCUAAAUCUGAUAACCCAAGCAUUGGCUGCAGUUGGAUGUGAGAUGCAAGUGAUACCUGAUCCAACUACUGUCCAUUUCCAUUUACCCAAUAACCUUUCUGUCCGAGUGCACAGAGAAUAUAGGGAAUUCAUUGCAGAGCUUACUGAUAAAUUUCCCCAUGAAAAGGAAGGGAUCCUCAAGUUCUACGGUGAAUGUUGGAAGAUUUUCAACGCUCUGAACUCCUUGGAAUUGAAGUCACUUGAGGAGCCAAUAUACCUUUUUGGGCAGUUCUUCCAGAAGCCCAUUGAAUGCUUGACACUCGCCUAUUAUUUGCCUCAAAAUGCUGGAGACAUAGCUCGAAAAUACAUUAAAGAUCCCCAGUUGUUGUCUUUCAUAGAUGCAGAGUGUUUCAUUGUGAGCACAGUCAACGCUUUGCUGACACCAAUGAUCAAUGCUAGCAUGGUUCUUUGUGACCGGCAUUUUGGUGGUAUUAACUACCCUGUUGGUGGUGUUGGUGGGAUUGCGAAGUCCUUAGCAAAAGGCCUGAUUGAUCAGGGCAGUGAAAUACUUUACAAGGCAAAUGUGACUAGCAUUAUACUCGAGCAGGGAAAAGCUGUGGGAGCUAGGCUAUCAGAUGGAAGGGAGUACUUUGCCAAAACCAUAAUAUCAAAUGCUACUAGAUGGGAUACUUUUGGAAAUCUCUUAAAGGGAGAACGCCUCCCUAAGGAAGAAGAGAAUUUUCAGAAAGUUUAUGUUAAGGCUCCAUCUUUUCUUUCAAUUCACAUGGGGGUUAAAGCUGAGACCCUGCCACCAGAUACGGAUUGCCACCAUUUUGUGCUUGAGAAUGAUUGGAAAAAAUUAGAGGAGCCAUAUGGAAGUAUAUUUUUAAGCAUUCCAACUGUCCUUGAUUCAUCAUUGGCUCCAGAAGGACGACACAUUCUUCAUAUUUUUACUACUUCUGCCAUGGAGGACUGGGAGGGUCUUCCUAGAAAAGACUAUGAGGCAAAGAAGGAAAUUGUAGCAGAUGAAAUAAUCAGGAGAUUAGAGAAGAAACUAUUUCCAGGGCUGAGAUCAUCAAUCGUCUUUAUGGAGGUAGGAACACCAAAGACACACAGGCGCUACCUGGCUCGUGAUAAAGGUACCUAUGGACCAAUGCCACGAGGCACUCCCAAGGGAUUACUCGGAAUGCCAUUCAAUACCACAGGUGUAGAUAGUCUUUACUGUGUUGGUGAUAGCUGCUUUCCAGGACAAGGUGUUAUAGCUGUAGCCUUUUCAGGAGUAAUGUGUGCACACCGAGUAGCUGCUGAUAUUGGGCUGGAGAAGAAGUCACCAAUAUUAGAUGCUGCCCUCCUUCGACUUCUUGGUUGGUUAAGGACGUUGGCAUGAUCUACCAGGUCCAUAUGAGAAAAGUUCGUGAUUCAGCAUGACCACCUGACUGCAAAAUCAUAUAGUUUGCUUCUUUAGUGGCAACGAUCUACAGUGGGUGGAGGCAUGAACAUAUUUGAUAUUUUGUGUUUUUCAUUUUAUUUUCAUUUUCCCCCUUUGGAGAGGCCAACAAUCAUUGAAGUCGAUGUAUCUUGCAGACUGGGUAGUUAAUCAAUGUCAGCACACGGGAUUGCUCUGUAAUUUUUUGUUCGCUAAGCGGAAACUAUGCAAACGAAAAUUGUUGAGUUGUCUACAUGACGUUUAUGUAUCUUCUAAUCUGCAAAUUAAAAUUCGUUCUGAUA